UAUUGCUUUAUUGGUAUUUCUAUAAGUGUAUAAUAUGUGUAGAGCUCUUUCAUAGGAGUUAGUGGGAGGUAUGAAAACUGUAUGUUUUGCCAUUCUUUCUAUAUUGGCAAGGUUGUGUCCAAAUUGCUAGGGCGCACACGUUUGUUCACGGGAAUUUUAAAGUCUAAUCCAUUUUCUACGUGUCUUCUGUAUGCAGUCUUUACAUCUCGAGGAGGUCCCAUACGGCAAUCGCAAGAGCUGCUGUACCUCCAGCUACACAGAAAAAAAAUAAGGAUGUUCUGGAUAACCCUUUUAAGCACAAUAACUUUAGGAUGGAGUACGACGAUUCCACUGAUGGAGGACUCCAAAGAGUUUAACGAACCUUGCAUGGAGCCAUGUUACUGCGAGGAAAAGGAGAGUUUUUUACAUAUACACUGUGAAAGUAAAGGUUUUACAAACAUUAGUCAGAUUUCUGAGUCAUGGAAAAGACCAUUUAAACUCUACCUGCAAAGGAACUCUAUGAGGAAACUCUAUGCUAACAGUUUUCUUUUUCUAACCAACGCAGUUUCGAUUAACCUUGGAAACAAUGCUUUGCAGGACAUUCAGGCAGGUGCCUUUAAUGGCAUGAAACUUCUAAAACGUUUAUACUUGCAUGAAAACAAGCUGGAGGUUUUCAGAAAUGAUACCUUCUUGGGUUUGGAGAGCUUGGAAUAUCUACAGGCCGAUUAUAACGUGCUCAAACGGAUAGAUGGAGGUGCAUUUAGGAACUUCAAUAAGCUGAAGGUGUUGAUUAUCAAUGACAACUUGAUACCGCUGCUUCCUUUCAAUCUCUUUAGGAUGGUUUCAUUAACGCACAUAGAUCUGCGUGGUAACCGGUUGAAGACGCUGUCUUACAUUGGGACGCUGGAAUAUAUUGGCAGAAGCCUAAUGGAGAUUCAACUGGAGGAGAACCCUUGGAACUGUACCUGUGAUAUUAUGCCAUUAAAGACCUGGUUAGAAAGUAUACCGUAUACUGUCCUAGUAGGUGAAAUCACUUGCGAGACUCCAUUCCAUCUCCAUGGCAAGGACCUGAGAGAAAUCAGAAGCAGUGAAUUGUGUCCACUUUCUAACGUGGAAGUGGAAGUCAGCUUGGGGGUUCCACAACUUGCUUCCAAUAACGACAAUGCGUGGCCUACCAAACCUUCCUCCAUGUCUUUAUCUGUUACUUAUACAGCUUCUUCAGCUGAAUAUAAGGCAUCGGGUAAAUUACCAAAAUCAACAAAGACCCCGAAGACUUUAAAAGCACAGCCAACUCUACGCAGCUUUCAUUCAGGUCAAAAUCAACCCAUUAUUGCGGGCUACCAGACCAGACCACCAAUCCCUAUCAUUUGUCCCGCUAAAUGCUCUUGCAGUCUGCAUAUAAACGAUUUGGGUUUAACCGUACAGUGCAAAGCUAAAGGGAUUGAAAACAUGUCUGAACUCAUACCAAGGCCGUUGAAUGCUAGGAAGUUGUAUUUAACCGGAAACUUAAUUCAAAAAAUCUAUAGGUCAGAUUUUUGGAACUUCUCCAGUUUAGAUCUACUACAUCUGGGAAGCAAUGGUAUUUCCUACAUACAAGACGGUGCUUUCAUGAAUCUUCCAAAUUUAAAAAUCCUUUACCUGAACAACAACACCAUCGAACGCCUCACUCCAGGCAUGUUCAGAGGGCUACAAAGUUUGCAAUACCUAUAUUUUGAAUACAACGUUAUACGAGAAAUCCAGCCAGCGGCUUUUAGCCUGACGCCUAAUCUCCAACUAUUGUUUCUGAACAAUAAUCGCCUGCGGACUCUUCCAAACGAUGCUUUCACGGGCACUUCCCUGGCUCGGCUCAGUCUAAAGAGCAACCACUUUUUGUACCUACCAGUGAGCGGAGUGCUCGAACACUUGGACUCCAUUGUGCAGAUUGAUCUGAACAACAAUCCCUGGGAUUGUUCCUGCGACCUAAUGGCACUGAAACAGUGGGUGGAAAAGAUCAGCACGGUUAUAAUGGUUGGCGAUGUGCUCUGUAAGACGCCAGAGUUCCUGAGCGGGCAGGAUCUGAAGAAGGUGGACUCUGAGAUAUUAUGUCCCGAGUUAAAACAUGCCGCCGCUUCUCCAGCUCUGCCUGGCUCGGGUGCGAAUGGUAACGUAAUUUCCACAGCGACGGGGUUUGGAUUCUCUUCACAAGGUGGCGCCAUUCCCCUUUCAGUCCUUAUUCUGAGCCUCCUGAUUAUUUUCAUUUCCGCCGUAUUUAUUGCAGCUGGACUCUUCGCUUUUGUGCUCAGGAGGCGCAAGAAAUCGCCCUUUAGCAGAAGGCAGGACGUGGAUUUGACUGGUAUGCAAAUGCAGUGCAGGAUCUUCGAGGACAGAACUGCCAACUCACCCGAGAAAGCAGCCAGCCAUGUCUAUGACUACAUUCCCCAUCCUGUCACUCAGAUGUGCAACAACCCUAUCUAUAAACCACGUGAGGGAGAGAUUGAGGAGGAAUUCUCAGAGACUCAGGAAAACAACGCAAAUUACAAAGCCCUGGAGAAGGACAAGGAAUGGAAAAUGUCACUGUCCAAUAGCAACCUUAACACUAUAGUUACAAUCAACCAGACGAACGAUUUUGCCAGUUUUCCAGAAAAUGGGGUGAUUUAUCCCAGCGUUCUGGAAAGAGAAAGGCCAGCUCACACCGUUGGUUUUGUAGACUGCCUCUAUGGCACUGUGCCCAAGUUAAAAGAGCUGCAUGUCCACCCCCCUGGCAUGCAAUACCCUGAUUUACAGCAAGAUGCCAGGUUUAAAGAAACGAUUCUGUUUGGCUCCUCUGGCCGGGGAUAUCCUGACCAAACCCAAAGCGAAUACCUCGAGUUAAGGGCCAAACUUCAAACUAAACCAGACUACCUCGAAGUCCUAGAGAAGUCGACGUAUCGAUUUUAAUCACUACAUCAACAGAAAUUGAACCCAAACAUCGCAUGUUUAGAAGGUAAAGGGAAAUAAUUCACCACCCCCUCAUUAGGUUGCUUUGGACGAAAGGCCAUAUUCAAAUCAUAUUCAAUGAAGUGCCUUUGCAGACUUUAGCCAGCAAUGAUAUCAGUCAUAUUUUUUUAUGGAAACGAAAUCUGACUGUGCCGUCUAUAAUAGUUUCGAGGCCUGGUUAUCGAUCGCCAUAUAAAUAACCCCAUUCAUUACUGGCAGAAACUUUGUUCACUUUAUUUGGUAGGAAAUAAUGGCUCCUCUUUCUCUCUUGCUCUCUCGUCUAAGUAAACGCCGAGGGCAUAUUCUGUAAAACAUUUGACUGCAGUCUUGCUGCAUGUGUGAAACUGCCGG